CACAUCUUUCAGCCGCACCAGGAACAACCACACAUCACCCCGGGGCUCCCGUAUCACUUUCGACUCUCAAUUCACCGUCUUUACUUCGUCUACGCCCACAUGCUGUAGACCUUGUUAUCGCCCAUUGGGUCCAGCGAACAGGUGAAUUUCGGCAAAGGCGGAUGGUGCAACAAUUGAUGCGGACUAUCGUGAAGCCAAUGCAUGAACUCGAGUCGACGCUGCUCAAUCCUUCUACAGGCCGUCGAUAAAGCUGGAGAUAUUUGUCAACAGGAAAGGCUUCCAGCACCACGGAUCAAGGCUCAUGACUUCCCCAGAUCGCCGCGAUCGCCGCCAUGCGCCUGAUAAAUGUCCGGACGAUUCAAUUGGAGGAAGUCCACAGCAGCAAGGCUCCCCCAUAUGCUAUUCUCUCGCAUCGAUGGGAAAAUGAAGAAGUCACUUUGCAGGAAAUGAGCUCUCCCAAGACCUUUGGCAAGAAAGGCUUCUCCAAGAUUCAGUCGGCUUGCUGGCUUGCCCGUAAUAAGGGACUUUCCUACCUUUGGGUCGACACCUGUUGCAUCGACAAGACCAGCUCCGCCGAGUUGACGGAGGCCAUCAACUCAAUGUAUCGAUGGUACCAGGAUGCCGAAAUCUGCUUUGCCUACCUUACGGAUAUUGAGAUCCACAAGCACGACAUCAAGGACAGUGUAUGGUUCACAAGAGGCUGGACACUGCAGGAAUUGAUUGCUCCAAAGCAUGUCGGCUUCUACGAUCGAAAUUGGGUGUUUCUGGGAACCAAAGACAACCUUGCAGCGAAGCUCUCGACAAUCACUGGCAUCGACAGGGAAGUCCUAAUUGGUCAAAGAAGACACUCGAGCUGUUCGAUAGCACAGCGCAUGUCGUGGGCAUCAAAGCGGUCAACGGAACGGACUGAGGACCGAGCGUACAGUCUCCUCGGUAUCUUCGACGUUAGCAUGCCCAUGUUGUACGGCGAAGGAGAAAAAUCAUUUGCCAGGCUGCAAGAAGAGAUCAUCAAGCGCUCCGACGACCAAUCCAUAUUUGCGUGGGAUCGUGGAUUGGAUGGCUAUUUCGGCGGCCACAGCGGCCUUUUGGCAAGCUCUCCCUCUCACUUUGGGUUUUGCCAGAACGUCGUUGUCCCUGCCUCCUACGGCUUACAAGUCACCAGCGGCUUCGCGUUGACCAACGUCGGGAUAUCGAUUUCUUUGAUGACCCUUCCGUGGGCAAUGGAGACGUACCUCUGCAUUCUCAACUGCAGCCUCAAGGAUCGCCCCCAAUACCGACUGGGGAUCUUUCUCGAACGACUCUCUUCGUCCCAGAAUGCAGAGCAAUAUGCCCGGGUGCAAGUCGACGGUGCCACGGUGCUGCCGAUACCGCUUCGUACAAUUUUGGACGACUCUCACGGUCGUGUUCGCGUCGUCCACGUCCGGCCGAAUAUCAUCGACGCGCCGCUCCGACGCUGGCAUGGCUUCCGGCUCCAUAACUUCACUCUACCGGCAUACACGCUCGACGAGAUCUAUCAAGCAAGGUUCCAUUUUCGCAAACCCUUGGAGUCAAUCAGCCGGUACAGCGCCGAAGAAAUAGGAGCAGCGAAGCAGUACCACCCCAAUGGACUUCAAGGACUGCCUCCUCGACCGCUCUACUUCAGUAUGCCACGUGUUAGAGGGAGCGUCAUGAGCAUCAGGGGCACCGCCGCUGUCAUUUACGUCCCACCGUCGAGGAAGGACAAGAACGGCGAGCGCAUCUGCUGGAUGAAGUUCGGGUUCGACGAAGACUUCCGGCCCGUGUGUAUCUUUGGCAGACGGAAGUCACUCUGGGGCGGCAAUGCAGCGCACCUCGCUGUCGACGAGGACUCGUAUUACGACGCCGAGGAAGAGCCCGGCGCCCAGGCCCUGCUUUUCCGCCACGACUGGAUCAACCGGUACGUGUGCGAGAACGACCAGGAAAUCGCGGCGUUGUGGCAGAAGCGCGACUUUUGCGUCCUGACGGGCGUCAAGGACUGGGGGCUGGACCGCCAGAUCCCGUUCCUGCGACUGCGGAUCUCGGUGCGCCUGGAGAGCAUCCCGUCCAACUUCGCGUCCGACGGCCGACCGGACUCCCCGGCGCCGGGGAUGAACGUGUGGACGAUCAACGUGAGUUCCUGGCGGGACUCGGGCGAGAACGGGGGCAUGAAGACGGCCAUGGGGACCGGCGAGUUCGUGCUGCGCUCGCUGGACGACAUUUUCGCAGCGGUGUGAAUCCGGACUAUGACCUUUCAACGACAUGGACGAACGACGUGAUGAUCACGAAUGCGGGCUCGAUCAUCUCAUCCUGCAACCCUCUUCUGCACCGAAGACACGAAGGCAGAAAAAGCCACCACACUCCCCCGCCUUUAUUCCCAGCAGGAAAGUUUUUUCAGCAGAUUUUUGUUUGGAUGGAUUUCCCCUUGGGAAGGAAAAGUGAAAUGGAAUGCAAAUCUCAAAUGAUAAACGAGAACCCACGAACCGGGAGACCCGGGUAAUUCAUAUAAUAACGACGAGACGAACGCGGUAGUUUUUGACGUUCGAAAAGGAACAGAAAAUCUUGAACGAUAGAUAUCAUGAUUAUCAUUGCUGGAACGAAUCAAUCAAUCAAUCAAGGAAUCAAUCUGAAUGAGACAUGAAAAGGAGUUGAGUUAUGAGGUAUCAAUGCAAUAUAUCCGAU